UUAAGUAUUACAGUAAACUGCUCCUGAAAAUGGCGCUGUGGAGCGAAGUUGAACUUCUGACCAACGAAGAUACAAAUACAGUCCGUUUCGAUGGUGUGUCCCGGGAGGAAAACAGCAGUGGCCUGUAUCAGGUGGACACGUUGGUCAAAGUCUCCAGUGCUAAUGAGGUGCAGGUAGAUCCCAAUCUCACGUCCUCGAGCGGCUCAAACUGGAGUUUUAUUGUUGCUGACAGGACAGUCAUCCUGUUUGAUCAGAGCUAUCAGAGCAUCCUCCUGCUUCUUAACUUUGAAACUGAUGUGGACGCCAUUGACGUGUGCCUGAAGGGAAAGUUUCUGGUAGUUUGUGAAAGAAAUGGAAACCUUCAUUUGAUCUACGUUCCGCAAAAGAGGAUCCUCCUAACCCGGGCUUUGGUUGAGAAACCAAAUGGAGAUAAGAAAACCUACCGCUAUCUCAUCAUGGAUGAAGACAAGGCAUCCUCAGGAAUGUACCACAUGUUCCUUCUCAUUAAGGAUGGUUUUUUCCACAUUACAAACCUUUCCUUGGCAAAGAUUGAGUCAGCUAUUGAAAAAAUGGAUGUUGGAGCUCUAAAGGAGCUCCAGUCUUUGAUCAAGAUAGAUUUUUACUCCACCAAGGAUUACUAUGAGGAGGGUUGUAGCACAGCAGUGAUGUUCAGUCUGGGCCAUGAAGUCCACCUGAUGAUUGGGGGGGAUAAAGAAAAUGUUUUGACUCACUGGAGGAUGGACCCUCAUCAAGCUAAGAUGUGCUUUGCUCAGACCGUCGACAGCAGCUUAAUUCCAGGUGUAAGGAAGAUGGUGGUGGUGGAUAACCUUUUGUACAUCCUCGACACUGAGGAUGUUCUGAGUCUUUGGGAUCUGCACUUCCUUGUCAUGAUUCACUGUUGGCCAGAACUCGCCGUUCAUGACUUUCAGCUCACUGCAGAAUGUGGCUCUGCCUCCAUGGUGGCCCAAGAUAAAGGCAGCAUGAAGAUGAUCAUGCUGACAAAGCAAGACAACAGUCAGAUCAGCUCACUGCAAAUACGAUUCCUGCCCUCUAUGACUGUUUGCUACUGUCUGGAUGUUUCCUUUGUCUCCUGUCUGGUCCACACAAAAAUAAACAUGGAUGCAUUUUAUUUAGUCGAGGGGAUUUGUGAGAACCCAGAGAGUCGAAGAGAGCCAGUCGCUUCUGUGGUUGUUCGAUCCUUCACAGAGGCUUUACCUGAAAACAGGCUGAGCAGGCUUCUUCACAAACACAUGUUUGAAGAGGCUGAAAAGUUUGCCAUCACAUUUGAGCUGGAUUUAGAGCUUGUCUAUAAGGUGAAGCUUGACUUUGUGCUGGAGCAGCUGGCCUCUGCAUCAGUGGGCGGUUAUGGAGAAGAUGUGUGGUCUGAACUGGUCGAAGAAGCCAAGACAAACCUGAUGAAGAUCACAGAUGAGCAGUAUGUGGUGGAAUACUGCCUCAAGGCCCCAUGGCCGACCUUUGAGACAGCAGAGAAGAUGCUAAACCACGCUGCCACGCGAUACUCCUCUUUACAGAUCCAGGAGGCCUUGGCCAGACUGGCCACCUUCUGCAGCCUCCACAGUGUGGAAAAAUUCAAUGGAAUCGCCUGGAUUGAGUUUCUGAACAGCACUGAUGAUCUCGGAGACAUCCUGUGCCAUCUAAGAGAAGGAGACAUGAAGGGUGCACAGCUUCUUUGGCUCAGAUAUGAGGGCCAGAUUGCAACCAAGUUCAGUGAGAGCAGCCUUGAAGCCAUCCUCAGUGCCAUCCCAGAGGACCUGCCCUCACAGGAUCUCUGCCUGUGGUUCAAGACAGUUUUUGUUCCCUUUGUGAGGAGAGUGUUACCACAAGGACAGAGAAUCCUGGCAAAGUGGCUCGAGCAGAAAGCAAGAAAUCUGGAGCUAACAGAAAAGCGUGCUUGGCCUCAGAAUGGGUUGGACCUGGCUGUGCUUGGACUGCCGUCUUUAUGGACAUGGAUGAAAUCUGAUAACAGUAAUUGUGUAGAAGAGGUGGAAAACCUCAAAUCCCUGGUGUCCAACCUACGUCAGCUGCUGGACCUACAUCAGAAGUACAACUGCUCACUUUCCCUUUCGGUCUUUGAAAAGAAGACUGUGUGGAGUGUGGCAUUUUUCAUGCUGGACAAAGUGCCGGCUCCGGAGCUAAUCGCCACCAGAGUGGAAAACAGCAUCAGGCCGUACACUGAAGAACACAAGAUUCCUUUUGAUGAGCUACUUCUGCAAUACAUCAAGGAUUUGCUGGAACGCUGCAGUUCUCAGACCACGACACUUUUCACUGAAUGGGAAGCUAAAGCAGUGGCUGUGCUCGGCUGCAUGACUGACACUGAUCUGAUGGUUGAUGCCGUGCUGGAGAUCAUGCAGAAGGCUGUGGUACCAUGGAGUAAUGUGGUGGAAAAACUGGUCCAGAAGUACCUAGAGAUGGAUGGACCAAAACAGGAGCUGUUAAAGGAGAGCUACCGUCUGAUGGAGAUUAGGAAACUUCUCAGGGGAUACGGCAUCCGCAACUUCAACCUGUCUAACAGCACCCAAAUAAUGACACUGAUUAGAUACAUCCUCAAGCAAGACUUGCCAAUGUCCUUGGAAGACUCGUUGACGUUAGCUGAGGCGUACAAACUGCCAACGUCCCAGAUAAAUUACCUGUAUGUCAUCCACCUCAUAGGCCAAGGCAAGACUGAGGAAAUCUUGACUCUCCUGAAGAAGCUGCCCUCUGCAGAGGCAGAGUGUGUGAUUGAGCGUCUCACAUCGUGGGCCAGGAUGCAGCUGCAGGACAAAGAACACAUAUCUGACGAGCACAAGAAACAUCAGAUGGUGAUAGCUCAGGUGAUGGUGGAGACUCUGAAAUACCUGCAUAUAAUCCAAAAACAUGAUGCUCUAAAAAGCGUAGUGUGUGAGAACAACCUCGUCAUGUUCAAGGCGAUCGCCCACCUGCAGGAGGACUUUGAUAUUUUUUUCACUCCCUCCAACUAUGAGGAUCCAAACAUUCGAAAACAGAUCCAGGAACAUCACAUCACAGCGUACGAAAACACUCAUGGCCGCCCUUUAUGUAAGGGGAAGGCCAUGACAACUCCAGUUGUGGCUAACGAUCCAGAUGGCAAGACCAAGACGAUCUCCACAGAAGCUGGUUUGCGCCGUCUGGGGAGGCAGCUGCAGCGCACCGAGCAGGAGCUGUGGUCUGACUUGGCCUUGAGAGCUCUGAAAGUUGGCAAAGUUGACAAGGCGCUCAAGAUCCUGAGUGAGCUGUAUGAGCACCACUAUAACAGCAGCACAGGGAAGGUUUUGUUUACUGCUGCCAAGAUGUUAUGCCAUAUGCUGGAGGCGGAUGUCCCCAUGGUGCUUCCUGAUGACAUGGAUUUGCCAGCAGUGAUUCAUGAUCUGGCCUGUCAGGCUAUCACUGUGUGUCAUUCAGAUCUUCUCCUGGAUUGUCUGGAGCUUUGCAAAUGCACACGGAUUGCUGUGGAUGUCUAUCAUCAGUGUCAGUUAUCAGACAACUAUGGCUUCAUCGUCAAGGAUUUGACACCGGAGGCAGAAAAAGACCCACACUCUCAGUGGAGUUUUCAAGAUGUCUUUAAUGAAGAUUGCAUUGUUCUGGACCCAGUGUCAGUGCUGCCUGUCCAGUAUGAGAUUACCAACUGCUUGCUGCCUAUUUCUCAAGAUACCAGAUUGUACCCCCUGGACUGCUCCUGUCUGUCACACUGCUCAUUUGAAGAUGGUUCAAACUACCUGCGGCCGCUCUUCGGUCCCCUGGCCAACAUGUUACAGAUGUUACAGGAGUGCAGUCAGCUGGAAUUGGCCCUCAGAGUGCUGGUCAACGCGUACGGCAGCUGCCUGCAGCACGUCACCUCAAACGUCAUGGAUAUAAAGCUGAGCCUACAGCUUUAUGACGCACAAGAGCUUAAGAAGUACAACCUGUGCCUGAACGAUCACAGGAAGACAACUACGUCUACUCUGAAUGCUGUGGCUGUGCCACUGUUGAACAAGGUGUUAAACUGGAGGGUGGUGGAUUGUGAUUUGGCUAUUGGUCUCUGUACACUCCUCUCCAAAGCAGAAGUCUUCAAAAUACUGUGGAAAGUUAUUGACAACACCUGGCAAAACUAUGACAAGAUUUUGGCUGUGGCGAGGAUUGGAGCAAAUCUCUGUAGUUUAUAUAAUGAGGCAGAAGAACAGAGGAGGUUUCUCUCUGUCAUCACCGAUGCUGAGUGGGGAAUCAAGCUUGGCAAAUUGGAGAUAUCAAUCCAGCCAGUGUUCCGUCAGCGGUCUGAGAUGAAGAGCACUCUGAUCCCUGUUUUAGUGAAAAACAAGAGAAUCACCCCAGACAUUAUCCUCCAGUACUGCAGCACCUACGAUCUGGACCAUGAUAGUGUAAUCAACCAGUACAUUACCACCUUACUGCUGCUCCAGGAGGAUGAGGAAGGUGCAGGUGAUCCAGCUGUCGGUCAGGAGGAGGCGCAACCUCUGUCUCACACUGACACGCUGGAUCGAGUCCUGCAGGUUAUCCCAAUGUUACACAACACCAGCAAGCUCACAGACAACCUCUGUUCUGCCAUAUUCAAGCUCAGCCCAUACAACUACGAGAGAAUAGAAGUGGUGCUGAAGAUCAUACAGGCUGCAGAUGAGAACGUGACCAGCCUCUCUGUUGGUCAGGCGAUGGGUCUCCUGCAGCAUCUGAAGUCCUACAAGCGAGUUUCUCCUCCCACAGACGUGGAGAACACGCAUCUUCUUGAAACCGGUCUGCUGCCAAACCCCCUUUCAAGCAGCAGACUUCCCUUCCACCUGCUUAUGCAGACCAAACAUUACUGGAAGAUUAUCUGUCCUGAGCUCAGUGAGGAGACCUUCCCCACACUUCUGCUGAUUAGCAAACUCAUGAAGGUGAGCCUUGACAAGCUCUACAUGUCAGCAGCAAACCAUGUCUUUGAGAAGAAAAUGAAGCCGUUAAUCUUAGAGCAAAGGAAAAUGGGUCAGGGGCAUUGUCAAAACAAAGAGACUUUCAAGGUGGCGAAGACUAUGAUGAAGUACAUCAAAUGUAUCCAAAGCCCAGAGUGGGCCGCCGCCACGGCCCACAAGAUAACCCAGGAGCUUCCGCCAGGCUAUGAGAAGACACAGUCACUCAGGUUCUGUUUGGCACUUGGAGACACUUGGUUAAAGGAUCCACACCUUGAUGAGGCAGCGCGGGCCAGAGGAGACACCUUUCUGUCCAAGCUGAAGCUACAGUUUCAGCGCUCAGCCACUGAGAAUACUUUAAUAUCCAGUCAGCUGAACAGCCCGGAGCUGAUGAAGCUGUCUGGGCUGCCAGGCAGGCUCAUAAUGGCCCUGUACGAACACAGCAGUGUGGAACAGCGUUACAAAGAGUCAGGAGGUCAGACGUAUCCAGAUAUACAUGGUGCAGUUGAAGAAAUAGCCACAGUCAAUAAUGUGGAUCUUCUAAAAAUCCGCACCAUGUUGUUAGAAAAAUGGAUCUGCAAGACAGGCCCGGCUGUGGUCAAGGAUAUUGGGUAUAGUGACUGUGUCAGCAACAUUGAGGAGGACCCAGACUUGAUGAGGGUAGUGUACAUGCUGCAGUCCUGCUCGAUGCAAGAUGCCGUCCGUCAUCUGAGCCCUAUCUUAACUGCAGAAACUUGGCCGCUUAGCACAUCUGGGCCUCGUCUGACCUUCUGCCAUCGUGCUCGAGCGCUACUCUGUCUCGUCCGCCUCGCUGAUGCACCCAUUCUGGAGGCUCAGCUGCAAAUCCCCAUCACCAAAAUCCCAUAUUACCUGAAGUGUUACAUCUUUGUCUCUCAACUGGAAGCAUUAAACAUCCCGUACACAGUUCAGUCCUUCCUCAGUAGUCCCAAAGAGGGUUUAGUUAAAGGGCUUUGGAAGAACCACAGUCAUGAGCCUCAGGCUGUGCGGUUGGUAGCAGACCUGUGCCUGGAGUACCAGAUUUACGACCCUCAGCUGUGGAACAACCUGCUUCAGAAGCUGCUCGGCUUCAACCUGAUCAGCCACCUCCAGAAGGUAUUGGAGGCAAUAGUGGCUGUUCCGGCGUUGUGGGAGAUUUCAAGUUUCUCCCGGACCUGGAGGAGCAUGAUACUGGCACCUUUUGUCUCAGCUUCUGUUCCUCUGAGUCCAGAUCAGCAGGCGAUGCUCUACAGGACGUUUGUUCUCCUCCUCAAGUGCCCAUUUUUGUUGAAUCUGGAUUUAAUCGGAAUUGCCAAUCGCUUUGCACAGUUCAAUCUGCCAGCCUUCGCCCUGGGAACGCUUCUUCUAAUUCCCUGUGCCAGUAAGAAGGAGCAGCAGGUCCAGGGUUUUCUGUCUGUCUGCAACCCGCUCGCCGUGCUCGAGCAGGUGGAAGAGCUUAUGAACACCGGGGAACUCGCUGGUAUUCCUUCACAGGUCAGAGAGACUGUGUUAACUUUCAUCAGCCAGAAUGGACAGCAUCAGAAACUGCUGAAGACGAAACACUUCAGCCAUCUGAAGCAGCUCAUAGUGUCGAGUGGGCAGCCUAACCAAGUGAAAGAUUUGGUGGACUAUCUGAUCAGCCAGAACUGCCAUGAUGAUGCUGAAUCACUCGCUCGUGAGUACAUGAAACACAGAGAGCGUCAGCGAGGGAAAACCCUGACAAAUGGCUCGUUGUCAUCCAGCUGCCUGAAGGACUUUCUUAACAUGCAACACGGAGUAUUGAGAUGAACCAGCACUGUUGCUUCAGCCGUGUUUAUAUAAUCCUCCUUGGUCUGCUUUAGGCUGAGAUGCAGUAUUUGCACUUCACAUUUAUCUUU